CAGGUGUACGGAAUUGCGUGCGUGCUUGGCGGCCUCUUCAUCGACACGUUUCUCUUUGGCGUCUUUACCGUGCAGUGCAUGACAUACUGCUUCUCGGAAGCCAAGGACAAGUUAUGGGUCCGCGGCAUUGUUGCCGCGGUUGCGGCUAUGUCGUGCCUCCUCACUGGUUUCAACUGGUUCUACGCGUCUCACCUCUUCGUCUAUCAUUUCGGGGUGAGUGGCCAGCAGUGUUCAACUGACGGAAGGGCUUGGUUCCCCUUCAUUGACGCGGUGACAAUGAGCUUUACGCAGGCGUUCUUCGCACAUCGCGCCUACCGGCUCUGCGACCGCAAGAUUUGGAUUCCGAUCAGCGUGCUGCUUUGUAUCCUCAUCGAGAUCUCCGCGUGUAUCGCAACCCGCAUUGUGUUCGGCCAGCUCAACACGCAGCAGGACUCCGUCCGCGUGCAGGGAACAACUAUCAUUUGGAUGGCCGCAAGCAUGGUCGGCGACUCGAUCAUCACGGGCUGCAUCCUUUUCGGCCUGGUACGCUCGCGCACCGGGAUCCGGCAGACCAAGGAGCUUAUCGCGCGCCUCAUCCGCAUGACCCUUGAAGCCCAGGUGCCGGCCACCCUCGUCGCGCUCACACUCAUGAUCGAAGUCAUCAUCGAGCCGGCCAAUAUGCUCGGGAACUGCAUCAUCCUCUUCCAGUCCAAGAUCUACGUCGUCGGUUUCUUCUACAGCCUGAACGCGCGCCAGCGCCUGCUCCCGAGCAACCAGGGAGUAACGCUCGGGGACGUGCGCGAUAUCGAUCCCAUUGUGUUCAACGAGCACCGCGUGGCCACCAUCAUCGUCGACGAGGAGACGGAGAUGCACGUCACGGUGAGUCCUGUCCUUCUCGUGGCUGACAGAAGCGCGCGGCCCCACCGCACGUGCGCAUCAACCGGACGCAGGGUUACGAGUGCGAGGAGUCCAAGGGUACCACGACCCUCACGGAGGACGUCGGGUCGUCAGAGUACAAGGCCGCGUCGGACUGCAAGGAGUCGCUGGGGUCAAGUGCGCCGCCUGAUCACCCUUCCAUUUAAAGCCCACGUGGGCAUGUGCGAAGCUGUCAUUUGA